UCCCUUCGGGAGCCCCCGUCUUUUUUUCAAAAAAACAACCGGUGGAAGUUUUCUAGUCGGGGGGUGGGGCGUCCCCCCCCCCCCCCCCCCCCCUCCCCAUUAUAGACACAUAGCAACGGAGAAAGAGAACAUUACAGACAUACCCCCAUUACAGACACCCACACACCCACACCCACACCCUCAACGAUUGAAUAAUUAUUUUAAUCAGUCAUAACCGGUUUCGACCUUGCUUAACCCUUUGAGUACGAAUGACGCGAAUUCACGUUCUGAUAUUUUGGAACUUGAAUAAAUUUUAAAAACAAGGUCUGUUUAUUAUUUAAUGAUAUGAAUUGCAAGGGGAUUUGUGUUUAGAAUAUUCAUGCGUUAAGAUUGUCUAUAAUUACUGAUAGUUAUUGUUUGUCUCUUAAUUCUUUCAGUACAAGAUUAUUUUUAUAUAGCCAAUAGGACGAGGGAGAAGUGAUAGACAAAUGAAUUCUAUAAAAGCUUUUUUAUUCGAUACCUCAAUAUAUUACACCAAACGAAAGAGCUUGAUGAGUUGAACACCUUUUGUGACGGAAGUUGGACUUUUAAAUAAAAUCAAAAAAUAUUCUGGAUGUGGCAACGACUAAAAUGACUGAAAUUUUACAAGUUAACUUACUCAGAACUCUUCAUGGUUUCAUUUAAAAGAUCAAGUUUCACCACAAAAAGUGCUCAACUUACCAAGUCCUUUCGUUUGGUAUUAUAUAGUUGCAGUUUCGAAUCAAAAAAUUUUUACAGGGUCGUUGGCCUAUCAGCCGUUCUUCGUCCCUUUGACCAUAUAAAAAUAAUCCCGUACUCAAAGGAUUCAGGGUCUGAUUAGAUGGCUGAUUGAAAUAAUAAAUAUAUCUUGAAAGUAAUUACUAUUACUUAUUCAUAUUCAUGUAUGAAUUGAGUAAUAGAACACUUAUAUUCAACUAGAUUUACUUCUAAUUUUGGAUAAAAAUGUACAUGUUAUGCAUGUCCAAAUAUAAAAGUCAUCUGAUUUCAACCCUUAAGCAAGGUCGAAACCGGUCAUGACUGAUUAAAAUAGAAUUUCUCAUGAAAAUAAUCUGUAUACAUAUACAUAGACUGACUCAGUUUUUUAUGCUGAUUUCAAAUAUGUCUUUAGUUUUGAGUGAAACUCGAUUUUUUCCGAUGAGAAUCUAUUGAAAUGUGGUAGAAAAUGCAAAAAUAAGGGAUUCCAAGAAAAUUUAGAUCGGCUUGUUUCACAAAGUAUACUUCUAAGGAAAUUGAAAAAUAUCUCAUUUUGUAGGCCUUCUCUCGAGCUAUCAGAAUCAACUAAAAACCCAUGUUGUUUUUUUCCUUUCUCAAGAUAUUGAGAAAACAGUAAAUAGAAGUGAUAAGAGAACUAUGAUUUCAUGAUGGUUUCAAACGGGUUUUACACUGUAACUCAGCAAAACUUGAACCGUUUGGGCUGAAAUUUUUACCACAAAUAGACUAUGAGAUGCGUAGUUGUUUGAGAUAAUUUUUUCUUCGAAACAUCUCUUUCAAGUAAAAAUUUGUAUGUCCGAGUAUUUUGUGUGUGUUUUAUAUUUAUAGUACAAAAGUGAAUAACAGUAUUCGAGGUAACAGUUCAUCAAAACUGUUUGAAAAUAGUUUUAUUAUGUUACCAAACGAUUCUCCGCGAAAUCCUGCAUUGCAUAAUCUAGGAGCAAAGUAAAUUUAUCUGAGACCCAAAAAUGCCUCUUAUGCGCCUCCAUUCUUUAUGACGGACGCAAUGAUAAUGAUGAUUUUCUAAAGACUUAUUUCGAUGUCUUGCUGAUAAAAAUUUACAAGAAGAUGUUCAAGGACAUUUAAAUGUUUUUUUCGAAGGCAUUCGAAAAGAUGAAGAGUAUGAUUUACUUAGUGACAAAACAUUUCAAUCUCUUCUUUGUAAAUUAUUAAUUAUUGGACAAGGUAUGGAUGAUUAUGCUAAACAAUUUUUAUUAAAUAUUCGAUCAGCUAGAAUUUAUUUGGUUAUUCAUAAUAUAUCUAAAUGA